AUGACAAGAUUUCUCUUGAAAUUAGGAUUAUCAUUCUGUGGACAUGAUGAGAGUCGAUCUUCUUCAAAUAGAGAUCACUCAUUAAGUCCAUCCCAAAUACGUGGACAAGGUUAUGAUGGAGCUAGCAAUAUGCAAGGACAUCUAAAUGGUCUUAAAACUUUGAUUUUGAAUGAGACACCAUCGGCUUAUUGCAUUCAUUGUUUUGUCCACCAAUUGCAGUUAACACUAGUAGUGGCUCUUGCAAAGAAGGAUUCAAAUGUAGAUGAAUUUUUUUGCUUAGUUACUAAUGUGUUAAAUAUUGUUGGAACAUCUUUUAAGCGCAGGAAUUUACUUCGAAAACACCAAGCUGAACAGUUAGAGGAGUUACUCAUAUCAGGGGAAGUGCAUACUGGGCGACGAUCAAAUCAAGAACGUGGGCUUCAGCGGCCAGGUGAUACUCGUUGGGGUUCUCAUUAUAGAACAUUAGAUAAUAUUAUUUUUCUAUUUCCAUCAGUUAUUCAUGUGCUUGAAUUUACUGGAUGCGAGUGUCCAAACUAUACUGAUAGACUUCUUGAUAAAACUCUUGUGGAUAUGAUUAAGAAGUUUGAAUUUGCCUUUAUACUGCACUUGGUGUGGAAAGUUCUUAUGAUGACAAAUGAAUUGAGCUCCUCAUUACAAAUGAUGGAUCAAGAUAUUGUCAAUGCUAUGGGAUUUCUUGCUUUUACAAAGCAAAGAUUACAAAAUAUGAGGGAUAAUGAAUCUGAAUCAUUAAUGGAUGAUGUCUCUUCUUUUUGUGAUAAACAUGAUAUAGUCAUUAUGGAGAUGGAUGCUAGCUACUUUCCUGGGAAGUCAAAGCGUAAAGCUCUUGAUGUUACAUAUUCUCAUCAUUUGCGUCUUGAAAUAUUUUAUGUUGUUAUUAAUUUGCAUCUUCAAGAGCUUAGUAAUCAUUUUGAUGUUGUGAGUACUGACUUACUUCUCGUUAUGGCUAGUUUGAAUCCAGUUAAUUCAUUUGGUAGUUUUGAUAAGGGCAAGAUGAUGAGGUUGACUGAAUAUUAUAUGAAUGAGUUUGACAGCAACAAGCUUCGGGAUCUCAUUUUUCAGCUUGAUAGCUUUAUAGUUUAUGCUCGUGGUUCUGACAAGAGGUUCUUCAACUUGAAGGGAAUUAGUGAUCUUGCUAAAGUAUUGGUCAAGUCAGAUUUGCAUCAAACUGGGCCACUUGUUUAUUUGCUUAUCAAGUUGACUCUCAUUCUUUCCGUUGCUAUUGUUUCUGUGGAACGAGCUUUCUCAUCCAUGAAGUACAUUUAA